GAUUUUGUAAUGUCACAAGAUCUGUGUGUUAAAAUCUAACUGUGCGAAAGUACUAAAACUGAAGCUCCGAAGAGAAAAAUAAAGAGAGAGUCAGUCGAACUUGAGCCGUAUACGAAUGCGGAGGCAAAUCAAUCAGUGUGUUUAAUUCUUAUCAUUAUCAAGCGAGAAAACCUAUUUUAUUCCUAAUUGUAUUAAUAGCUAUAGAGUAAGAUAAUAAAGUGGCGACGAGAAGUGAAACGAAUCCAACAAUAUUAAUCUCAGACGGAAAAUAUUCCAGGGUGAGUUCAGUGUUCAAUUUACAUUCAAAGUCGUAACUCUUUGUUCAUUUUAUGUACAAAAGAAGAGACGGCGACUAACGAUCGUGAAGUAAUAGAGCUGUUGCGUUGCAUGAGGAGUCGGACGUUCGUCCGAUGGUGAUCGUUGAGACAAAUUGCAUGACCGAAUAAAGAAAAGAAAGCCGUUGAUAUCAAGUGCAUGUGAAGUAUUGAACAACGUUGCAUGAUCGUUUGAGUUGGUCAGUUGGACGAUCAAAGGAGAAGAUCGUCAAGGAAGGCAAAGCGUGACUAGAAGCUACCCAACAGCAACACCGGUGGCGUCGAAGUUCAACGAAGAGAAAUAUACACCACAGAGCGGCGGAGAGUAGAUUGACGUCUGUGAGCAUCAUUGGGAAGAAAUUGCCUGAGUGAGAAGUUGCGACAGUGAUAAGCUGUAUCAUCGGUGAGAUUAGUGAGUAGCAACUUGCAGAACACGUGAGUAAUACUAUUUUCAUUUGUAGAAAGUGCAGUUGUUUUGAACAAUGUCUAUUCCUGGCAUGAUUGGAACGAUAGACCACUAUCAUGUUGGUAAAUCGUUUUGCAAUUAUAUAGAAAGAUUUGAAAUAAUGUGCAAAUUGAAUAAGGUUGAGCCUGGAGAAAAGAAGCAAUGGUUUAUUUCUCUCAGUGGCGAUGAUGUCUUUGAUGAAAUAAAAUUGCUGUUUCCGAAGAAAAAUGUUGAAGAGUUAGAUUAUGACGAGAUAAUACAAAAAUUGAAGUGUCGGUUUGACAAAACCGAACCUGCUCUCAUGCACAGAUAUAAAUUUUACAAUAAGUUUCAAGGGCCUACAGAGAGUGCCGAAAAUUUUGUUUUAGCUGUGAGACUAUUAGCGGAAAGUUGUAAUUUUAAAGAAUUUAAGGAUGAAGCAAUAAGAGAUAGACUCAUCCUCGGGUUAAGAGACAAAAAGUUACAAAGGAAGAUCUUAACGGAAGAUGAAAUAACUGUAGAAGCAUUGGAAAGGUUGAUCAUCAACGACGAAGAAGCAAGUCAAAGAACCAGAGAGAUUAUAGAUCAUAAUGAAACAGCAAAUGUCAUGUCAGUGAAGUAUCGGUUAGGACAAAGAUAUGAAGAUAAAUUUAAUAGUAGAUCCGAGCAACGAGACAAGAGAUUCAGAUCAAGGAGUAGAAGUCAGGAACGGUUCGGCAGUCAUAGUAGAAGCAAUGAAAGAAAUGGCACCUCAGCAACACGAGUAAGAACUGAUUGGAAUGGACACAGAAAUGCUGUGUGCAACCACUGUAAAAGGGUUGGACAUAUAAGAAAAAACUGCUGGUUUUUGAAUAAAAAUUCAGUGAAAGCCGUUAAACAGGAUAGCUCUGAGGAAAUAGCACCAUUCGAUAAAUUUAAUAGAAUAAGACUGAAUGAGUCCAGUGACGAAUCAGACAUUAAUUGCAUGAUGAUUAAAAAUAGUAGUAAUGCCAAUGAACCUUGUGUGAUAGAGGUUACAAUUGAAGGUCGUAAACUGAUGAUGGAGGUAGAUACAGGCUCAGCGGUAUCUGUGAUUAGUGAGAAACUUUAUAAAAAACGGUUUUGCUCUUCUAUCAUGGAACCUUGCAACAGGAGAUUAGUAGUGGUUAAUGGUGCUAGACUAGAGAUUGCAGGACAAAUUUUGGUAGAUGUUAAAAUAAAUACACGAAGGAGCAUGCAAAAACUGGUAAUUUUGAAAAGUGAAACUGAUUUCACUCCUCUCCUAGGAAGAGAUUGGAUGGAAAUCUUUUAUCCAGACUGGAAAUUAAAUUUCGGAACGAUAGAAACCGUUAAUCAAUUAAGAGCUGAGCAGAUAGAAAAAGCAAUUGGUAAUAUUAAAAAUAAAUUUUCCAAAGUUUUCAGUAAGGAUUUUUCUGAACCAAUUGUAGGUUUCAAAGCUGAUUUAACCUUCAAGAACGAGCAACCUAUAUUUAAACGUGCGUAUGAAGUACCGUAUAAAUUAAAAGAAAAAUUCGUAGAUCACCUUUGCAUGCUUGAGCAACAGGGAGUUAUAUCAGCUACAAAAGCAAGUGAGUGGGCCUCACCAGUAAUCGCAAUACCAAAGAAAGACGGAGAGAUACGCAUGGUAAUUGACUGCAAAGUUUCUUUGAACAAAAUUUUAAUACCUGACACUUAUCCUCUUCCACUUGCUCAAGACAUUUUUGCAUCUUUAGCUGGCAGCAAAGUUUUCUGCUCUUUAGACUUAACAGGAGCAUAUACCCAACUAGAAUUAUCUGAGCGCUCCAAGAAAUUUGUGGUAAUUAAUACCAUAAAAGGGCUAUACACAUUCAAUCGCUUGCCUCAAGGUGCAACGUCAAGUGCGGCUAUGUUUCAACAGGUCAUGGACCAAGUCCUAAAGGGAAUUGAAGGUGUCCGUUGUUACCUUGAUGACGUCCUGAUAGCAGGGAAAGACUAUGCGGAUUGUUAUGACAAAGUGGUUCAAGUACUUCAAAGACUUGCCAAUGCAAACGUACGUGUUAAUUUUAAAAAGUGCAAAUUUUUUGUUGAAUCUUUACAAUACUUAGGACAUCUCAUUACAAAAGAUGGUUUAUUACCAUCCCCGGAAAAAUUGUCUACAAUAGAGCAGGCUAAAACACCUACUAACGAAGGGGAAUUAAAAGCAUAUCUGGGACUUAUAAAUUAUUAUAAUAAAUUUAUCCCAAAUAUGUCAGCUAAGUUAAGAUGUUUAUACGAUCUUUUAAAGAAAGAUAAACAAUUUAUUUGGACGGAAACCUGUGACAAAGCUUUUCAGCAAAGCAAACAGAGUUUGUUAUCUGCCAACAUACUUGAUUUCUAUGAUCCUAUCAAACCAUUAGUUGUGAUAACUGAUGCAUCAUCAUAUGGCUUAGGUGGAGUAUUAGCCCAAAUAGUAGAUGGCUUGGAGAAGCCAAUAUGUUUUACCUCAUUCGCAUUAAACAAUGCACAAAAAAAAUAUCCAAUUCUACACUUGGAAGCAUUGGCUCUCGUUUGUGUAUUAAAGAAAUUUCAUAAAUUUCUUUUUGGGCAAAAAUUUAAGGUUUUCACUGAUCAUAAACCGCUCCUGGGAAUUUUCGGUAAAGAGGGAAAAAAUUCUGUGUUUGUUACCAGAAUACAACGAUAUAUAAUGCAACUCUCUAUUUACGAUUUCGACAUAGAAUAUAGGCCUGGUUCUAAAAUGGGAAACGCAGAUUUUUGUAGUCGUUUCCCUCUUGACCAGAGAAUUCCCAGGUCCAUAGAUCCCGUAAAUAUAAACAGUCUGAAUUUCUCUAAUGAAUUUCCCUUGGACUUUGCAUUAAUAGCAAGAGAAACUAAAAAAGACGAAUUCUUGACAAAAAUCAUUGGGUUUGUCGUAAAUAAUUGGCCAAGAAAUGUACCGAAGCAGUUCAGAAACUUAUUUGCACUUAAAGAAAAAUUACAAAUUGUAGAAGGUAUUUUGCUUAUGGAAGAUAAAGUUGUUGUUCCUAGAAGCAUUAAACAUGCUGUGUUAAAACUCUUACAUGCUAAUCAUAGUGGAAUGACGAAAAUGAAACAAUUAGCCAGAAGAUCUAUUUAUUGGGGGGGAAUAAAUUCAGACAUUGAAGAUUUCGUUAAAAGUUGUGAAACAUGUGCAAGGAGAGAAAUAGUACCGAAAGUGAAAUUUACUGAAACUUGGACACCCACUACGCGUCCAUUCAGCAGAUUGCAUGCUGACUUCUUUUAUUUCGAUAAAAAUACAUUCCUUUUAAUAGUAGACAGUCAUUCAAAAUGGCUCGAAGUUGAAUGGAUGAGGUAUGGAACAAAUGCUAAAUCCGUAAUCAGGAAAUUUAUUCCUUUAUUUGCUAGAUUUGGUCUUCCGGAUGUGGUAGUUACGGAUGGUGGUCCACCUUUUCAAUCUGUUGAAUUCAUUUCUUUCUUAGAAAACCAAGGAAUUAAGGUAUUAAAAAGUCCACCCUACAAUCCCCAAAGCAAUGGACAAGCAGAAAGAAUGGUGAGGGUGGUAAAGGAGGUUUUAAAAAAGUAUAUGCUUGAUACAAAAAUAAGGUGUUUGGAAAUUGAAGAUAAAUUGAGUCUUUUUCUAAUCAACUAUCGUAAUAGUUGCUUUGGAAAGGAAGGAAGUUUUCCAUCAGAACGAAUAUUUUCGUUUAAACCUAAAACCUUAUUGGAUUUGCUUAAUCCUCGUAAUAGUUACAAAAAUAAUUUGUAUAAAGAGACUACUGACAAAACAGUAAAAAUCAAUUUUGAAUCUUCUAAUGAUAAACCAAAUCAUCCGGAUAAUUUUGACAAGCUAGUGGCAGGGGAUAAGCUACUUUACAAAAACGUUGACAAAAAAGAAUUAAUAAGAUGGCUAGACGCGAAAUUUAUUAAAAAGUUAUCUAAAAAUCUUUUCCAGAUUUCUCUCAGUGGACAUAAGCUAACAGCUCAUCGGGAUCAGUUAAAAAUGGUUUAUAAUCGACGAGAUCAAGCGAAAGUUUUUGUAACCAAAAGUACAUCAGUCUCCAGGAAACGUCCAAGGAGUGUCUCGGACGAUGAAGAAUUUUUAGGUUUCCCGGAUGUUCCGAUGGUCCCAGAGAAAAAGAAGAAGAAGGGUCAUGUUCAUAUACGGAGUCCAAUAGUGACAAGAUCAAAAGCUGGUUCAGCUGUCGAAAGCAAUUAAUUGCAGACGAAGUUAUAAAUCUAAGAAGAAGAAUCAUAAAUAUGGUAAUAUCGAAGUUGUUGAAAUUAUUGAAAUAAGCAUUUGAAUUUAAAUGAAAGGUAGUUGUACAAUUCUUGAUGAAUUUAACUAAAAGGGAAAGAACUGUAAUGUCACAAGAUCUGUGUGUUAAAAUCUAACUGUGCGAAAGUACUAAAACUGAAGCUCCGAAGAGAAAAAUAAAGAGAGAGUCAGUCGAACUUGAGCCGUAUACGAAUGCGGAGGCAAAUCAAUCAGUGUGUUUAAUUCUUAUCAUUAUCAAGCGAGAAAACCUAUUUU